AUGGUGCGCAUCACACAGGUAUGGGCCGAGCACCACGAGCCCGACGCUAUCGGCAUUGGUGAAGCCCGACCACGCAUUUCCUGGAGCUUUGCCGGCGACGAGGAGGACUGGGAGCAGAGCAGCUACGAGCUUGAGGUCAAACACGAUCAUGGAACACCAUCGUCUGCAACGAUCGAGUCAUCACAGUCUCGACUCGUCCCGUGGCCAUUCCGACCGUUGUCGUCACGAGAGCGGGUCGAAGUCCGAGUGCGAGUAGGCGGCACCGCCAGCUCAUGCAGUGACUGGUCAUCACCGCUGGUGAUUGAGGCCGGCCUGUUGCGCUCAGAUGACUGGAGCGGAUGCCAGUUGAUCGAGCCGAAUCAAUCUACCGAGACCGUGCCGGGGAAGCAUCGGCCAGUCAUCUUCCGGCGCCAACUGGUGCUGCCCGAGGGUGCUGCCGUCAAGCGCGCACGACUGUAUAUCACGGCGCAUGGCAUCUACGAGGCGCGUCUCAAUAGGUCUAGGAUAGGGGAACAGCUUCUUGCGCCAGGGUGGACCUCGUACCAGGAACGAUUGAUCUAUCAGACGUACGAGAUUGGACCCCAGUUGCUCGCUGGGCAGGAGAACCAGAUCGAGGUCGAUGUGGCUGAGGGAUGGUUCUGCGGAUCCCUGGCUUUUCUCCGCAAGCACAACCUGUACGGUUCACGGAUGGGGCUGAUCGCUCUCGUGCUUGUCGAAUUGGAUGAUGGCAUGAUUGUACGGACGGGGACGAAUCCGGACUGGGUGUGGGCUCACGGGCCGAUUGUUGAAGCUGGCCUGCUCGACGGCGAGAUAUAUGAUGCUCGUGAGAGGCACUCAGCGCACACAGUAUGGAAGCCGGUCCAAACGGUCCCCGGCUAUUCCAUGACGCACCUCACUGCGCCCGACGGUCCGCCGAUUCGGCAGACGCAGGAGCUGGCCGGGCGAGAAAUCAUCCCAUCUCCUUCCGGGAAGACUAUUCUGGAUUUCGGCCAGAAUUUCGUCGGCUGGAUAAGGGUCAGAUCAGUAUCCGGACCCGCGGGGACAACCAUUCGCUUCCGGCACGCAGAAGUACUUGAGGAUGGCGAGAUCGGGGUUCGUCCCCUGCGGUCUGCCAGAUGCGUCGAUACGCUCAUCCUCGACGGUAAAGGGCCAAUUUCCUGGGAGCCCAAGUUCACUUUUCAUGGGUUCCGAUACGUCGAGGUGGACGGAUGGCCCGCAGAGUCUCCUCUUACAGCCCAGGAUAUUGUCGGGGUAGUGAUUCAUUCAGACAUGCAACGCACCGGACACUUCCGCUGCUCGAAUCCCCUGCUCAAUCGGCUGCAUGAAAAUAUCGUGUGGAGCAUGCGAGGCAAUUUUGUGGGCAUCCCGACAGACUGUCCCCAGCGCGACGAGCGACUUGGCUGGACUGGUGAUAUCAACAUGUUUGGCGACACCGCUUCCUUCCUCUUCGACGUCAGCGGCAUGUUAUCGUCAUGGAUGAAGGAUAUGAUAGUGGAGCAGAAUGCUGCGAAUGGCGUCGUACCGCUGGUCAUCCCGUAUAUUCUCGGAGAUUUUGGCCCUGGAAAAUCUGCCGAAGCAGUCUGGGGCGACGUGGCCGUCAUGCUGCCGUGGGCUCUGUACCUAGCAUUGGGAGACAUCGACCUGCUGCAACGGCAUUACCAGAGCAUGAAGGAUUGGCUAAAUGCAAUUCCUCGCUCGACUUCUGGUCUAUGGAAGCAGGCAGGCCACAAACUGGCCGACUGGCUAGACCCCAGCGCCCCCGCCGACGACCCCUCCAACGCCAUGACAGAUAUGUACCUUGUCUGCGACGCCUUCCUAGUACACGUCACGACGCUGAUGGCGCGCAUCGCCGCCACAUUGAACGCCCCUCCAGAGGAGCAGGCAUUCUACCAGAAGCAGACCGCCGACCUGCGCGACGCAUUCGCACACGAAUAUCUCACUCCCUCCGGACGCCUUGCAUGCGAUACGCAGACGGCCUACGCGCUCGCCAUCCAAUUCAACCUCCUCCCCACCCCCGAACAACAGACGCACGCGGCCGAGCGCCUCUCCCUCCUCAUCCGCCAGCGAAGCCGCUUCAAGAUCUCCACCGGUUUCGCGGGGACACCAUACCUAGGCCACGCGCUGACCAAGGCCGGCAUGUCCAACGUCUUCUACCGCAUGCUGCUGCACCGCGAAUUCCCCAGCUGGCUCUACCCGGUUACCAUGGGCGCCACGACCGUGUGGGAACGCUGGGACAGCAUGCUGCCCGACGGCCGCAUCAACCCGGGCGACAUGACUAGUUUCAACCACUACGCCUUGGGCGCGGUGGCUAGCUGGAUGCAUCAGACUAUCGCUGGGCUUAAACCCAUGGAGCCAGGCUGGAGGGUGUUUAGGGUUGAGCCUGUCCCGGGGGGAAACCUACAAUGGGCGGAGGCAGAGUACCGGAGCGUGUACGGAGACUGCCGUGUUAGGUGGGAGAUCAAGGACGAGGGCAAACAACAGCGAUUCUGGCUGGAGGUGGUCGUGCCGCCUAAUACAAAGUGCCAGGUCCGUUUACCGGGCUCGUCGGACUUGAUUGUUGUUGGGUCAGGGCAGAGAACAUGGGAAGUCGACUAUCGUCCCCAGGAAUGGCCCGUUAGAGCGUUGCAGCCGCCGUUCAGACCUCCGGACGACAUACUACCAGAGGAUGAGGUUCUGCCGCAUGGAUGGUAA